CUCUCACGCGUAACUCUCACGCGCUUCCACUUCCUUGUGCGCUCGCGCAGUCUCCGUCGCGCAUAUUCCAGCACGAGCGCACCGCCGACUCGAGCCCGUGCUACUUUUUCUUUUGUGAAAAAAACACAAAAAACGGCUUGUUCUUUCUGUCUGUAUGCGAGCUAUGCGGGUUUAGAUGGACCGAGUCUGGUAGCGCGUGCCUGCUCUAGGAGUCCGGCCGCGGCCGCGUGCGACUCCGGGUUGCGCUUUUGGAUGAGCGCGGCCGAGCCGGAGCGGCGCGCGCUUCACGAGGAUGCUGCGGGGAAAUGCCUGCGGGAAGGGAGGAUGAGAUGUGCGGGAAGGCGCUGGAGCUGCUCUCUGAGCUGUGCUCGCGUGGAGAGGUGCACAGCGACAAGUGCGCCGACUUCAUCUACUCCUUCCGCGAUCUGGGCAGACCGGACUACUCAGACUCCGAUGUGUCGGUGAGCCUGCUGUCGUUGAUGGUGACCUCAUGUGGCCUGGCUUUGUUUGGUGUCUCGCUCUUCGUGUCAUGGAAGUUGUUCUGGGUGCCAUGGCGCGACCGCUUCUGGCCCACCAGCCUGAAGGAGCAGCAAGGCGAGCAGCAGCCAGUACUGACCGAAGAGGAACUUUUGGAGCGCGAGUACAGCGCCGAUUUCUUCAAGGACACUUCUGUGGCCACGCUGGUGCCCGAGUCAGCCAUGAAGAUCAGCCACACGUCACCGGACAUCCAGCUGGAGGCACAGACCAAAGCCAAGGAGCACAACCACAUGCACAUUGCACGUGUGCAGAGACAGAUCACCGACCCCACUUCAUCCGUCCGACAUAACUCCAUUCGGAGGCAAAUGAACCUCUCGAGCCCUGAGUUCAGCCCGACUCAGUUCCAGAGACAGGAAUCCUUAUCCGGGCCGGGUCUGGGCCGGAUUAAGCCGGAGCUGUACAAGCAGCGUUCAGUGGAGGACACGGAUGACGGUAGGAGAGCGGACAGCUGUGGCCGUCUCCACUUUGUCCUUAAAUAUGACUGUGACCUGGAACAACUGAUUGUGAAGAUCCACAAGGCUGAGGAUCUGCCUGCCAAGGACUUUUCGGGAACGUCGGAUCCGUACGUGAAGAUCUAUCUACUGCCUGAGCGCAAGACCAAGCAUCAGACCAAAGUGCACCGCAAGACCCUCAACCCUGUGUUCGAUGAGGUCUUCUUAUUUCCUGUGGCGUACGGCGAGCUGCAUGCUCGCAAGCUGCACUUCAGCGUCUAUGAUUUUGACCGCUUCUCACGCCAUGAUCUCAUUGGCCAAGUAGUGUUGGACAACUUCUUGGAUUUGCCAGACUUCCCUGGGGAGACGAAACUCUGCAGAGAUAUUCUCUACGUCACUGCGGAUAACGUGGACUUGGGCGACCUGAUGUUUUCACUCUGCUAUCUUCCGACCGCGGGCCGACUGACCAUCACGAUCAUCAAAGCCAGGAACCUGAAAGCCAUGGACAUCACAGGAGCCUCAGACCCUUACGUGAAAGUCUCCCUCAUGUGUGAUGGACGGAGACUGAAAAAGCGAAAAACAUCUACCAAGAGGAACACUCUGAACCCUGUUUACAACGAAGCCAUAGUUUUCGAUGUCCCUCCUGAGAACAUAGACCAAAUAAGUCUGUUAAUAGCAGUGAUGGACUACGAUCGUGUCGGCCAUAACGAGAUCAUCGGUGUGUGUCGAGUGGGGAACAUGGCCGAGAGCCUGGGCCGAGAUCACUGGAACGAGAUGCUGACCUACCCACGCAAACCCAUCGCCCACUGGCACCCGCUCAUAGAGUGGAGCAGUGAGGGAAAUCCCGGAGGAAGCCAAGGCUCCUGCAACUCCCUCAAAACACCACCAUCACCCUGACACAUCCAUCUGAUCACAGCUCACAGCUUUGGAGAAAAAUGGUGGGAGAGUGAGACAUCUCAGCUAAAGGUCGCUCAGAAAGUGUGCACACACUUGAUAAGGUGGUGCACACACACACAAAAAAAAAAACAAAACACUGGACUUUUUCUCAUGGGGAAAGGGCGCGUGUCUGUUCUACUGCAUGUCAAAGUGACUGUGUGUGUAGGCUUCUGUUAAAAAAAAAAAAAAAUUCCUAACACGGUUACAGUUUUGUUUAAACUCUAUUUGAGAGGUAAGUAUUUUUGACAUGUUUUCUGUAUCUGUAUAACACAUUGUAAUAACUACUUGAUGUUUUUGAGUGCAGUGCAUGGCCUCUAUUUUGUGUAAUUUUGUUCUUAUGGUAUCAGAUUUUACAGUGUUAAAUCAUUCUGUAUGAAAAUACAUAAGAAGUACAAUAGCAAAGUUGCUGGUCGUGAUUACUGCGUAUGAGAAUGAACUCUUCGGACACAUAAGUAGGAAAAUAAAUCCCGAUAAUAUGAGUAUUAAUGAAAUUAUGACUAAUAAUUUGUGUAGCCAGAUAACCCAUAAACGCAGCCACAGCUGUACAAGUAACACUGUGUGUUUUGGCGCCAUUUUAUAUUUUCCCUAAUACCUGCGUAGUCACAACAAACCUUUACAUGGAGCUACAGUGUAACUACAAGGGAUUUAAGCGCUGGUUAUAGAUGUAAAUUACAGUAGAUCAUUUUAUGAAAAUACAUGUAUCCAUCGAUUUUGACAAUAUCUACACACUUGCUACACAGUAACUAUCCAAAAAAUGGUACCUUUUUAAUGUAAAUGCUGUAUAAUAUUUGUUAAAAAACCACAGAAAAAAUGCCAUGUUAUGUAAAUUUAUUUGUCAGUACAUACAAUGCAAUGAACCAGGAACUGGAUAGGUCUUAUAUAUUUGCAUACAUAUUUAAAUACUGCAAAAAUACAGACAGCUUGUAGUCUGACCUUUUAGUUGAACUGAAUUUGAUUUGUACAUAAUUGCAUAAUAUGUACUACUGUAUCUUUAAUCCAUCUAUAACACUGCUUAAAUCCUGAGAAAUUACCUUAUUUACCUCCUCUGAACUUAUGAACUACCCCUGGCUGUCCAAAUAAAAGAAUCACUAGUUGUCUUCAAAUGAAGACUAAAGACCUGAAGGGCCGAUGUGUCUGAUGACAGGAAAUAGAAAUAUCUUGCCAUGCUGUAUCUUCUUCUAGGUUUAUGUCCUUGUCCCCUGGCUUCUCCAAUAAAGCAACAAUGCAUACAGCCUUGGAAGAAGCAACAUACAAGCUUCAAACUUUGACAAGGGAAUGUCAGCAAUGUGCCAUAAUACCUUUUAUAAACAACACAAAAACUGUGCCAUCAUGUAACCACAGCUGCUGAUAUAUUACAGUGGCAGAACUGAAAUAUUUUAUUAAAGUUACAAAGAAUUAUUUGUGGGUGUCUAACGAAUGCCUUCCUUGUUUAAUUGCAUAUUACCGGAUACCAGCUUCAAUGGUGAGAAACAAGAUUAAACAACUAAUUGGUAUCAUGAUUUUUUUUGCCUUACAUAAUGAAAUGACAAAUUGUUUAUCACCACCAUCUGGCAUCCACCCAAAAUAUUCAGGAAUCCCACUUAUCAAUUUAAUUGUCCCGUUCACACUGUGAUUAUAUUUGGCAUAUCUCCUCACCAACCUGAAGACUAGUUGAUGUCCAUCUGUCCAGUUUUGGUGAGCCUGUGUCCACUAUAGGCUCAGAUUCAUAUUUUUCCCCCAUCUACCUCAAGGUUUAACAUUCUGACAUCAGUGUUGUGCAUUCUGAGAUGCUUUUCUGCUCACCAUGGUUGUAAAGAGUAGUUAUUUGAGUUACUGUAGCCUUCCUCUCAGCUCAAACCAGUCUGCCCAUUCUUCUCUGACCUCUCUCAUCAGCAAGGCAUUUCUACUCACAGAACUACUGGUCCCUGGAUGGUUUUUGUUUUUCGGAUUCUGUGUAAACUCUACAGGCCAUUGUGCAUGACAAUCCCAAGAGAUUUCUGAAAUACUCAAACCGGCCCAUCUGAUAUCAACAGCCAUGCCCCAAUCAAAGUCACUGAGAUCACAUUUUUCCCCAUUCUGAUGUUUGAUGUGAAUAUUAACUGAAGCUAUUGGCUUCAAGCAAA